UCUGUCGGGCCAGUUGUUGAUUCUGCAGAGUUCUUGGUGACUUGUGAAUGUGCACGGAUAGGUCUGUGCGAGUACUCAGAGCCUGUAUAGACCUCUGAAAUAUUAUUGAUCUGUCGUGCGAGCCGUGUGCUGUUCGCCCAAGUGGAUUUUUCGAAGUUGUGAACUUGUGAGUUGUGCGCUGUGUAUGGCGGCGUUAUGAGCAAUGUGUUGUGGUAAACAGACUGUCAACCUUGCUUUGGCGUGAACCGUGCGUGCGAAGUAAAGAUCUAGGCGGCCUAGAUUGACAAGGAUAGCUAUAAUAUUCGCGUGUAAUCGGGUGUAUUUUACCACAGGGACUCCUGAUUUCUCUACGCUGGGUACAUUGCUUUAGAGUAUAAAGUUGUGCUUGUGAUUUGGAAGUAGUUUGCUCAUACUCUGUUGUGGGUGGACUCACCGUUCGUUCUGCGGAAUAUAUAUUUCGUCUUUGUGGUGAAUUUGUUUUUGUUUGAAAUUUCGGAGCAAGUGUGGAACAUCUUCCGUACAAAUUGGGAUAAUCAAAGCUUUCAGUGAGAAAAGCUUUCACCUCUUCUGCUGUAUAUAUACCGACCAUAAGGGGCCAAUAAACCCCAUUCGUCCCUCCUGCAUCACCUCCAACUGCUCUGGUUUUCUCCCCACGCCCGCCGGUCACCAUGGGCAACAAGCUCCGGAAGUUCAAGGAGGCGAUCACCCAACCGGGCCAGGACGCCGACUCGGGGGCGGCCUCGUCAAACGAAGGCUGCUACAAACCCUUAAACAACGAUGUCACCUCACAGCACAGCCAGGGAGCUCAGGACUCGACCACGUCCCUCGGGGACACCGCCCAGCCACCCACGGAGGUCACCAGUCAGACGUCCGUCUCCGGUGCUGGUGACACUGCUGUUGCCACGUCCACUCCUG